UCCCGGAUGUGGAUGUAAGGGUGUGGACCGAACUGAUAGUAUUGGAUCUCAGCGCAAGAUGAGUAGUAGAAAGAAAAAGAAUCACAGAACAAUCAGUCCGGUUGUUCAGUCAUCAACAUCAAAGAGGAGAAAGAAACAUCGAGUCACAUGGGAAGAGUUUGACUAUUACGAGGACAAUCCACGUCCAUCGAGAGAAGGAGAUAGGACAAAACAGAGCCAAACAAAGUCAACAACAAACAGAUUUUGUUUCAAGGAUCAAAACUUUGCAUUCAGACAAGGAGCUAUGAACAAGAAACGCGUGUGGAAGAAUCUGAAACAAAUCCUUGGAAAUGAGCGGAUGUUGCCAUGGCAGCAGGACGAUCCAACUUACAGCAGCAUUGAUGCUCCUCCAUCUUUCAAACCAGCCAAGAAGUACAGUGACUUGUUUGGUUUGCUGGCAACAUAUCAAGACCCUCAAACAGGCAUGAGAUACAGCACACCAAACGAGUUUGCCAUAAUUCGAUCGUUACCUUCCGACAUUGUACAGAGUUAUUUGGCUAUCAGAAAGGCGUCGACUGUUUAAACAAAUUAGUAUUGAUAUUUUGUACAAUAUCGUGGUGUUAAUAGCAAUUACGAAGGUUUCAAACUA